AUGUCGUUUAAAGUACCAGCUGGUGGUGUAAAAACUCGUAAAGGUGGCCGUGCCAUGAAAGGUGAUACAAAAAAGGUUAAGCGGCUCUUAAUACGUCGAAACAAUAUUGUUGGUUCGGCAAAGUUGAUCAGGGAAUAUGACGCUAAUUUCGAUUUCGAGCGCGACUUUCCUCAAAUAAAGUUUCGACUCGAAAAGCUAGAUUCUCUCUGGGACGAGUUUAAUGAAAUCCAAGCGGAAAUCGAAUGUGAGCAUGAAAUCAGUGAUGAACUAGCUGACGAACGUAUUGAAUUCGAGACAAUAUAUUUUGAGCUGAAGGGUUCCCUGGCAAGCAAAUUAGGCGUCACAAACACGUCUUCUCCAAUACCCGCCUCACCUGUUGCUCCACCUACCCCAGCCUUUGGUGUUAGGCUACCUGAGAUAAAAAUCCCAGAAUUUAACGGAAAUUUUGAUGAGUGGUUAAAUUUCCAUGAUUUGUUCAACACUCUUAUUCACACCAGUACUCAGCUAUCUCCUAUACAAAAGUUCCAAUAUCUUAAAGCGGUUUUAAAGGGAGAUGCACUUCGUUUGGUACAAUCGUUGGCAGUGAGCUCGGCCAAUUAUAUGAUUGCAUGGGAUCUGCUCAAGCAACGUUACGAUAAUAAAAAUUAUCUGAUAAAGCAACACCUAUCGGCCCUUCUAUCCACUCCAUUCCUAAAACGGGAGUCUUCGGCUGCGCUAUCGGGUUUAGCGGACACAUUUGAAAAACAUCUUGUGCAGGUAACAAAUUGCACCGAUAGCUCUGAAUCAGUUGCAAGAACUCGAUCAAACUCACAAUCGGCCACGGUCGACGAGUCGUCGUUGUCGGUAGAGCCAUGCAUUGCCGAGCAAUCGCAUGGCAUCCCUCGGGUAAUGGGAUACAAUCGUUCGUCGCCGGGAGGCAAAAAUCAAUCCGUUUCGUUUGACCCUCCGUCGGUGGGUAUACCGUCAGGGUCGGCUCAUGGUUCUUCACACAUAACAAGCUAUCCAGUCGUUACUCCAUUGCCCAAAUCCACUAAGAAGACUAACAGAACUGUCUUCAUGUUAACGGUCUACGUCAAGGUUCGUGAUGUCGAUGGAACCUAUACUCUUGCACGCGCUCUGCUGGACUCUGCGUCUGAGCGCAAUUUCGUCACUGAAAAUCUCGCACAAAGGCUUCGUUUGAAACGUACUGGUUCAGACAUUGACGUCUAUGGAAUUGGAAAUACAGUACAACGUGUAACUCAAACAAUCACGAUUAACCUGUCCUCUAGAAUCAGCCACUUUAAUGCAGAUAUCGAUUUUCUCAUCCUUCCUAGCCUAACGAGAAUUCUCCCGUCGGUCGAUGUAGAUAUAACAAGUUGGGAAAUCCCGAACAACUUACCUUUGGCUGACCCAACGUUCCAUCGCGCCCACGGAAUAGAUAUGAUACUAGGAAUUCAGUGGUUCUUCUCAUUGUUAGAAAAUGACCAGAUUACCCUCGGUCCACAGCUACCAAUACUACGCAAAACAGUAUUUGGUUACGCUAUUGCUGGCGAUCAUACCCAGCACAAUCCUAUUCGAACAGUGGUAUGCAAUGCUGCAAUGACAGUUGACAAACUAACAGCAGCCGUGCAACGGUUUUGGGAAGUGGAAAGUUUUGAAGGACAAAGCUCAUUAUCGUUAGAAGAGCAAUAUUGUGAGAACCAUUUUCGCACUACACACUCAAGAGCCCCUGGCGGUCGGUACGUGGUCCGAUUGCCGAUUCGUGAGGAGCUACUUUCGGAUCUGGGAGAGUCGUUGCCAGUCGCAAUACGAAGAUUCCAUGCAAUUGAGAGAAGGCUCUCAUCUAACAGGCAACUUCAUUCAGAUUACAGCAAAUUUAUUAAUGAAUAUCAAUCUCUGGGUCACAUGGAAGAAGUAUUGCCGGACCCUUCAGUGCCGCAUUUUUAUCUCCCUCAUCACGCAAUAUUGCGCCCGGAGAGUAAAACGACCAAAAUCAGAGUGGUUUUUGACGGUUCGUGCAAAUCAGCGAGCCGCAUCUCGCUGAACGACCUGUGCUACAUCGGCCCUACUGUACAACCUCCACUCAUCUCAAUUAUUCUCAACUUUCGGUUACCAACAUACGUCAUCACCGCUGAUAUUGAGAAAAUGUACAGGCAAGUUGUUGUACAUCAGCAGGAUCGACCGCUGCAGCAAAUCGUAUGGAGGAACAAUCCUGAGGCCCGUUUGCAAACUUUUCAGCUGAAAACAGUGACGUAUGGCACUUCGUGUGCCCCGUUUUUGGCAACGCGAGUGCUCAAUCAGCUUGCAGAUGAUGAAGCAGGAAAAUAUCCAUUAGCGUCAAAUGCCAUCAAGCGUGCGUUUUAUGUCGACGAUUGUUUAACCGGUGAUGAUAGCAAAGAAAGGCUGAUAGCAACCUGUAAACAGCUAACUGAGUUACUUGAGUCUGGCGGCUUCGUGCUACGAAAGUGGAGUUCGAGUGAUCCAGAAAUUAUAUCGCACAUCCCAGAGUCACUUCGGGACCUGCAGGGUGAUUUAGAAAUUGAUAAAUCGAACAUUGUUAAGACGCUUGGUUUACUUUGGCAUCCGCAGUCUGAUUGUUUUGGCUUCAAGGUACCAGCAUUGUCUGAUUCAAAUCCAGUAACAAAACGCAUUGUGUUAUCGGAAAUGUCCCGAUUAUUCGAUCCAAUGGGACUUGUUGGGGCAGUUAUUGUUUCGGUAAAAAUUUUCCUGCAAUCACUGUGGUUAGAGAAAUUCACGUGGGAUCAGCCGCUUCCACAAGAUUUCCAAAACUGGUGGAAAAUGUUCAGAGAAGAAAUGCAGGAGCUGAGCACUCUUCGAAUCCCUCGACGUGUCUUUUUGCACAAUUAUGCAAAUAUUCAACUGCACUGUUUCUCAGAUGCCUCUGAUAAGGCUUAUGGAUGCUGCCUUUACGUCACAUCGUCAAAUCGUAAUGGAAUUUCCAUAACCAACCUUCUUAUGUCGAAGUCUAGAGUGUGUCCGCUUGAUAAGCUCUCCAUACCCCGUGCCGAGUUAUGCGGAGCAGUAAUGGCAGCGCAAUUAGCUGAUUGUGUGCGGGCUUCUACUAAUUUACAAUGCCCGAUUACGUUUUGGACAGAUUCAAGUAUUGUUUUGCAUUGGCUAGCCACCUCGUCAGCCAAGUGGAAAGUUUUCGUUGCUAACCGUGUAGCCGAAAUACAUCGUUUAACACAAGGCUUUGUAUGGCGCCACAUUCCCACUGACCUGAAUCCUGCAGAUCGCAUAUCCCGAGGAGUAUUGCCUUCCCGUCUGAUUGAUGAUGAACUUUGGUGGCAUGGGCCAUCAUUCCUAAACAGCGAUUCCAGCUGCUGGCCAAAAAACAUCGUGGAACUCUCGCAGCUGCACUUGCAGGCUCGAGAAUUAGAAAGCAGAGAAACCGUAUCACUCGUCGUCACCGCGCUACCGUCGAUGCUCCCAUUAGCGGCUAAUCAUUCUACUUUGGAACCAUUGCAGCGAAAAAUCGCUUGGACAUUGAGAUUCAUACACAAUUGUCGCACAAAUAAUCGAUUGCUAGGUCCACUUUCUCCAGCAGAAAUAGACAAAUCUUUAACUUUGCUUGUCAGGCAAGCACAAGAGGAAUGCUUCGCCGCGGAAAUUCGUUUUCUCAAGCAGCAUAGUGGACCAUCAAUGAAAAACAUCAACUUUAAAUCACAUUUGAAAAAUCGUAACCCAUUUUUGGAUGAAAAGGGCCUAUUACGACUAUAUAGUCGCCUCUGCAAUCAAGAAAUUCCCUUUGAUACUCGAUAUCCUAUCGUGCUACCACAAAAUCACCAUUUAACUAAUUUGAUCGCUACUAACGUGCAUAUUCGAACUCUUCACUCGGGCCCACAGCUUCUAUUAGCCACAUUACGUCAAAAAUUCUGGCCUGUUAGAGGAAGAGAUUUAGCGAAGAGAGUUGUGAAGAAUUGCCUAGUAUGCUUCCGCUGCAAGCCGUCGAGCAUCAAUCAAAUAAUGGGACAGCUACCAUCAGUGAGAGUGACUCCGUCGCGCGCGUUUCUAAAGUCCGGCGUGGACUAUUGUGGGCCAUUCUUCGUCCGUCCGCCCAGCCGUCGCGGAUCGUCGGUUAAAAUAUUCGUCGCGAUAUUCGUAUGCAUGGCCUCCAAGGCGGUCCAUAUCGAAAUGGUUUACGGUCUGUCGUCGGCGUCGUUCAUUAACGUUCUCAAACGGUUCGUUUCGCGUCGCGGUCGAACCUUGGACAUUUAUUGUGACAACGCCCGUACGUUUGUUGGAGCUAACCGGCUUCUCCAAGAUGAUAAGCGUCUAUUUGACGAAGUACAUUCGUCCCAAUCGUUGGGCAAGUACUGCAGUGAGAAUGGCAUCCGAUUUCAUUUCAACCCGGCUCGCUCUCCUCACUUCGGAGGGCUGUGGGAGUCAGCCGUUAAGAUCUUCAAACAUCAUUUGUAUCGCAUAAUGAAGGACACACACCUGACGAUUGACGAUUUUAACACCUUGAUAAUCCAAAUCGAGGGAAUGAUGACCCCUUACACCGUUGUCAUCGGAUCCUGCAGAUGUCGUCGCUCUAACUCCAGGAAAAUGCAACAAAAGGUCCAACAUUUUUGGAAGGUUUGGUCUCGGGACUACAUCGGUCAGCUGCAAAGCAGACAACGCUGGCCUAUGGUACAACCGGAUAUCAAGGUAGACACUCUCGUCUUGCUAAAAAAGGAUUCUACACCUCCGAUGCGCUGGAAUCUUGCACGAGUCGCUCGUGUGUUCCCGGGACCAGAUGGCCAUGUCAGGGUGGUUGACGUCAAGACAGCACACGGUGUUUAUCGACGGGCGAUUACAGAAAUUUGUCCACUCCCCAUAGAAGACGAGACGCCACGAACUGGACCAUCGCCACCUUCACCACCGUCACGACCUACCCAACAGUAA